CCGGCCGGGCGGCUCCUGCGAUGGCGGCGGCGGAGGAGGCUGCGGCGCCAGACAGGAUACUGAUAGAUGAGAACCAGUGCAUUUCUCCUGUGAUUUCCAGUCAUAUGAGCCAAUGGACAAAACCAACAGCUCUUGGAUCCCUCAGCCCCCAUGUGAUAGAGUUCCCAAGAAAACGAAAAGGAAGUGAUUCAGACCCAUCCCAGUCGGGAAUCAUGACAGAAAAAAUGGUGGAAAAGCUCUCCAAGAAUCCUUUUACCUAUCUUCUUUCAACAAGGAUAGAAAUAUCAGCAUCUAGUGGCAGCAGAGAAGCUCAUAGCCAGACAGAAAAGCGGAGGAGAGAUAAAAUGAACAACCUGAUUGAAGAGCUGUCUGCAAUGAUCCCACAGUGCAACCCCGUGCCACGGAAGCUGGACAAGCUUACAGUUCUAAGAAUGGCCGUCCAACACUUGAAAUCUUUAAAAGGUAUGACAAGUUCUUAUGCAGGAGAUAAUUAUAGACCUUCAUUUAUUCAGGAUAAUGAACUGAGACACUUAAUCCUUAAGACUGCAGAAGGCUUCCUAUUUGUGGUUGGAUGUGAAAGAGGAAAAAUUCUCUUCGUUUCUAAAUCAGUCUCCAAAAUACUUAAUUAUGAUCAGGCUAGCUUGACUGGACGAAGUUUAUUUGACUUCUUACAUCCAAAGGAUGUUGCCAAAGUAAAGGAGCAACUUUCUUCUUCUGAUAUUUCACCAAGAGAGAAGCUGAUCGAUGCCAAAACUGGUUUGCAAGUUCAUGGUAACUUUCACAGUGGAAGGACUCACGUGUAUUCUGGCUCAAGGCGAUCCUUUUUUUGUCGGAUGAAAAGUUGUAAAAUCUCUGUCAAAGAAGAACAUGAAUGUUUAUCCACCUCAAAGAAGAAAGAUCAUAGAAAAUUCUGUACUAUCCACUGCACUGGUUACUUGAGAAGCUGGCCUCCAAAUAUUGUUGGACUGGAAGAAGAAAGGGACAAUAAGAAAAACAGUAGUAAUUUUACCUGCCUUGUUGCCAUUGGAAGAUUACAUCCAUAUAUUGUCCCACAGAACAGUGGAGAGAUUAAAGUGAAGCCAACUGAAUUUAUAACCCGGUUUGCAAUGAAUGGAAAAUUUGUCUAUGUGGACCAAAGGGCAACAGCAAUUUUAGGAUAUCUGCCUCAGGAACUUCUGGGAACUUCUUGUUAUGAAUAUUUUCAUCAGGAUGACCAUAGUAAUUUGACUGAUAAGCACAAAGCAGUUCUACAGAGCAAAGAGAAAAUAUUUACAGAUUCAUACAAGUUCAGAAAGAAAGACGGCUCUUUUGUAACUUUAAAAAGCCAGUGGUUUAGUUUCACAAAUCCUUGGACCAAAGAACUGGAAUAUAUUGUGUCUGUCAACACUUUAGUUUUGGGACAUAGUGAGAUGAGAGAAGUAUCAUUACUUCCUUGCAGUUCUCAAUCAUCAGAAGAAUCCUCUAAACAGUCUUGUAUUAGUGUGCCUGGAAUGUCUGCUGGAAUAGUACUUGGUGCUGGUAGUAUUGGAACAGAUAUUGUAAAUGAAGUCCUAGAUUUACAAAGGUUACAGUCUCCUUCUCUUGAUGACUCAAGUCCAACAGAUUUAAUGAAAGAUUCUUGUGCUAUCAACUCCAGGAAAACGUCAAAAAAGGAGUUGAUUCCACUAAAUUCUUCUGAAAUAGGGAAGUCAGAGGCUACAAGGCGAAACCAAAGUGCUGUUCCUCCCCAUAGUCAUGAACCACUCCUUGGCGAAAAUGCCCAGCUGGAUUUUGAUGCCUUGUGUGACAAUGACGACACAGCCAUGGCUGCCUUCAUGAAUUACUUUGAAGCAGAGGGGGGCCUGGGAGACCCCGGAGACUUCAGUGACAUCCACUGGACACUCUAGCAUUUUACUUUUAACUCUUAAAAAUUAGGAAAGUGUUAAAGCAUUUCAUUUACAAAAAAACUGUAUAACCUCUGUACUGUAUUGAUACUGAUUUUAUCUUUUAUUCCUCAGUAGUCUACCAAUUGUUAUAGAUUUGCACCUUACUUCCACAGCAGUAUGGGGAGAUGUGAGGUUUCCCUUUACAAAGAAUGGUUCAGUUCCCUACUGACUUCUUUACUCAGUGACAUGGCUUAAAACCCACUAGUUGCUAUCCCUUUGUUAAAAUACUUCCAACCAAGAAUAUCACAUACAUCUUGUUUUGGUUUUGUUUUUAUUUUCUGAUGCAGUUUUUGAGUUUGAGGAGUUUCGUAUUGCCACUUUCCUGUGUCUAAGAUUCAUUUAUAAUGGAUUUAUAAUAGUAUAUUUGUAGAAGUUGGAGCAUCUCCAUUUCUUAUAUCUUAUAUAUUGAAGACAGGGCUUACACACUUUAAGAAAACGAACAUUUAAAGAGAUGGUACAAUUGGUAGUCAUAAUUCCAAUGUACACUGUAUUCAGUCAUUGCACAUUUGAGUAAACAGAAAGCCAGGAUAGUUAGCUUGGUCAAGAACAUGAGAAGGACUUUAAGAGGAUUUAUUUAAAACUCAGGGAAAAAAAAAAAAAAAAAAAAGGUUUCAACCUUGCUACAGAAAAGAAAAGAUUUCAGGCCCUAGAUCUUGGUAAUUAUCCCAUACAUGUAAGAAUUACUGUUAAUAUAACUAUUCAAGAUUUUCAUUAUAUAUAAAACCAUUUUUUUCUGCAGAAAGAUACUUAAUGAAAGAUCAGCCAUGGAGGAAAAAACAAGCCCAGGCAGGUUAACGUUCUUGGGUAAAGUCCCAGUUAAAUUCAUAUUUUAAAAAUGUUUAUUGCACAUAAAUCAGUUUCUUUAUACACAUUUGGGAAAGCGAUAGGUUCACUGGUGAAAUGAUUAGUUAACUGACCCAGGAACUAAAUGUGGCCUUCUAGAUUAGGCAAUUACAAUCACUGUUGCCUAUAACCAAUUACAUGAAUGCUAAGUAAAGUUUUGAAACUGAGGCAAUGAGAAAGAAUUUAAAAAACAAUUUUCUAGCUAUAAUUACAAAUUUGGAGAUUGUCUUUUAAACUUGCAAUUGAGGGGUGGCUUAUACUUGAGCACAAGAAUAUUUAGAAUCAUGUAUGUAUACAUACCUUUUUGAAGGUCAUACUUUCAUAAUACCUUAUGUUUUUUCAUAGCUCUUUCUAGUUUACCAAGUGUGUUCUCAUAGAUUUUCUUUUGUGCCCCACAAGUCAAAGUAUAAUAGACUAGGAAAUUAAUGGGGAAGCCCGAGGCUUUGAUAUAGGGGAUCCAAUGUGUUCUCUUCCUCUACGUGGCACUACACUUUCCAAGUUAUCCCUCUGAGCCUUGCACCAAAACAAAGCAUUAUUUUGACCUUGCACAUUUCCUUAGGCUGGAUGUAAUAAGUUAGAACAUUUGUCAAGCAGGUUAAUAGCAAACAUACCAACAGGCAAUGGGCCAAAAGCACGUCCUCCCUUCAGGCCUGACCACAGCAGUGGCUACCUGGGCAAGGGUGUAUUGGCACAUUGUCCUCCAGCCAAUACAAGGUUCCAGCAAUAUGGAAGGGUAAGCUCCCACUUCUGGGACUUGAGAGACAUGUAGGUUUACAAGAAGCCAAAGAAACCCUAUAAGAUGAGGGAGAUGGGUUUGCAGUAGGCUAAGCAUGAUAGUUUUAAGUCUGAAGAAGGGGGAUCAAUCACAUCUGUUAAGUCCGAGGCUGUCCCAACGUAACAGUUUAGGGUCUAAACCAUUGCAGGUUGGGCUUGGCCUCCAGAGUUGACCUAAGCCAGUAAUAGCAAGAUGGAUCACCGUGGCUGGAUGGCCUUGAAAGCAGAGGGCCAGACCCUCCUGAUGCAAGGAUUUGGGAGGCAGAGUUUCCAGAGGCCAGCCAUUGCUACCCCACAGAGAAGCAGUUUUAUUCUCUUUGCAAGAGGAAGAGUUGGUCUGUAGACCAGUGGGCAGAUAGUCAAUUGAAGGCUUUGCUUUUCUACUAACCCACUCGACUGUUUUUGUUUUUGUUUUUGUUUUUAUUUUGUAGAUUUUUGUCCUGGGCCCAGAAUCCAAUCCAUACAAUAUAGCUCUCCCAAGUUUAGUGUUUUCUCUAAAGUGUGUAUGUAGCAUUUACAUUGAAUUGCUAUUAGGCAUGACAGAUAUUUUUAUGGCUUCCCCUAUAUUACUUUUUCUCCAACCCAUUAAUUUCCUGCAUUUUGAAGCAAAGCAUCUACAUGUUAAAUGAAAUCAUAAAAAUAUUAAAAAAAAAAGAAUAUCCUAGUUCUGUGAUUUUUUCCUAAGAAAAAAAAUCUUAUAAUACUUACAAUACAGUACUUAUAAUACUUACAACAAAGUACUGGAGUGGGGAAGAGCCUAGGAACAGAAAGAGCCUGCUCAGCCUCAGUUUAGCUGUUUGACCUCAAGUAAGCCAUUUAAACACACUCUGUAUGUGCCUCAGUUUCCUCAUCUGUAACAAGAGGUUUGAUCUCUAAGUUUACUUCCAGUUCUGAUUCUGUGAUUCUAAUCUGUGGGCCUUGAAUAUUAGGGUCAGACUCUAGAACGGUGUCAUCUAGUAUAUAGCCACAGGCCAUGUGUGGCUAUUGAACACUUGAAAUGGAGAUACUGCAAAUUGAGAUAGGCUGUAAAAUUCUUACCAGGUUUUAUAAACAUAAAAUAUCACACUAAAAGUUUUUUAACAGGACACCUGGCUGGCUCAGUUGGUGGAGCUGUAACUCUUGAUCUCAGGGUCAUGAAUUCAAGCCCCAUGUCAGAUAUAGAACUUACUUAGAUAAAAAUUUUAAAAUAUAAAAACUAUAUUUUAAAUAAACUGUUUUAUAUUGAUCACAUACUCCAGUAUUUUGGAUAUACUGAACUAUAUAAAAAAACAUUUUACUUUUUACUCUUAAUGUGGCUACAAGAAAAUUAUAAAUUACACAUGUGGCAUGUAUAUAUCUAUUGGACAGUGCUACUCUAAAACAUUUUGUUAAGUGGAUAUUAUUGAAGUAGGCCAAAAGUUAUACAAUAAUAACUAUGAUAUUUACCUCUAAAUGCCGUGGGUUACGGAACUGUUGUUUAUUGAUCCUUUAGUAUAAUCAAAUAACUGUGAACUUCUAUCAAAAUUCAAAACUUUUUUGAAACCAGUAAACCUGAAAAUGUUAUCAGAUAUUUCAUUACAUGAUGAUAGCCUGAAAUCAAAUAAAACUUGGGCUAUAAUAUUGACACCCUAUCGCAGUCACAAAAUUUGGAAACCCAUUGAGAAAUUGAAAGACAGAUAGGAAAAUAGAAAAUAGAGGCUUCUGGUAGAUAAGUAGGAUUAAAGUACUUCAUUGCAGUGUCACAAUGGGAAAAGGCUGUAUUUAUUAGUCCUAUUCUUUGAGGAAUUUCUAGAAUUUUAUAGCAUCUGGGCACAGUAAAUGAAAUUAUCACUAUCUAGUUAUUAGACCAUGUUUAGGGUCAUUUCAGAUCCUGCUCUAAAAAGGCAUCUACUAUUCAGAUAGGUCAUUGUUUGGCUCUGGAAUUGGAAAUUCAGAUUUGCCAAACACAGUUAUGGGAAGAGCCGGAAAAGAUCUAGUUAUCAGAAGCCGUAAGGGAAAACUGCCAAGUGGCCACUAGGUGUCACUUUUCCAUUUCUAUAGUGCUUUGUUUUCAUUAAUAUUUCCAAGUUCUAUGGGGCCUGAGGGGGGCAUUUAUGACUUGCAUUUAGAUUAGGUCUGCCUCUCUGGUGUUAGUUGUUUUAUGAAAAAUGCUUUUUAAGAGAAGUCUGGGAAGAUGUUUCCCCACAUAAUAAAAGAACUUUGGUUUAAGAUGCUUUCCAGAGGUGUCGCCCGUAAAAGGGGACUGUAGAAAGAAGACUUGUCUAACCUGGAACAUGCUUUAUGAAUUCAUUUGAGAGUAUAUGGUAUGUGUGUCACUGCUCCUACAUCCCUGUGCUUAGAUUUGUUUGUUUUUUUUUUUUUUAUACAACUUUUAGCUCUUUUCCAGUUUACUUGCUCUUGUCUGUAUAUUGGUAUUUUUUAAAUUUUGUGGUAAGUAAUGAAGAGUGAAAUUAAAAUAUAUUUAUAAUAAUUA